CCUUGGUUCAGGCGACCGUGGCUGUUAGGCACCCUCGACUGGCGGCGGUGGCGGCUCCUGGUGCGGCGGGGCGCUCGGCCAGCUUUCUAGGUCGGAACGGAACGCUUUGCUUCGCGGGCCCCGCCCGGAAAGUUUGCAGUGCAGCCGCGACCUCCUGGCCGGCGCGGCCCAGCAUGAAGCGGCGCUGAAGAGCCGCCGCGGCCGCCUGAGGAGGAGCCGCAGCACCCGGGGCCACGCCGAUGACUACUGCAAACGGUGGCGCCCACGACGAGCUCGACUUCAAACUCGUCUUCGGCGAGGACGGGGCGCCCGCGCCGGUGUCCCAGGUCUCGCGGCCUGCAGAUAUUGAGCCAGAUGAUUGUGCAUCCAUUUACAUCUUUAAUGUAGAUCCACCUCCAUCUACUUUAAACUCAUCACUUGGCUUACCACAUCAUGGACUGCUGCAGUCUCACUCUUCUGUUUUGUCGCCAUCAUUUCAGCUCCAAAGUCACAAAAAUUAUGAAGGAACUGGUGAUAUUUCUGAAUCUAAAUAUAGCCCAUUAGGUGGUCCCAAACCCUUUGAGUGCCCAAGUAUUCAAAUUACAUCCAUCUCUCCUAACUGUCAUCAAGGAACAGAUGCACAUGAAGAUGACCUACAGAUAAAUGAUCCAGAAAGGGAAUACUUGGAAAGACCUUCUAGAGAUCAUCUCUAUCUUCCACUUGAGCCAUCCUACCGGGAGUCUUCCUUUAGUCCAAGUCCUGCCAGCAGCAUUUCUUCUAGGAGCUGGUUCUCAGAUGCAUCUUCUUGUGAAUCUCUCUCACACAUUUAUGAUGAUGUGGACUCAGAGUUGAAUGAAGCUGCUGCUCGAUUUACUCUUGGCUCACCUCUGACUUCUCCAGGUGGCUCUCCAGGAGGCUGUCCUGGAGAAGACUCCUGGCAGCAACAGUAUGGACCUGGACACUCCUUGUCACCUAGGCAAUCUCCUUGCCACUCUCCUAGAUCCAGUAUCACUGAUGAGAAUUGGCUGAGCCCCAGACCAGCCUCAGGACCCUCAUCAAGGCCCACUUCUCCCUGUGGUAAACGACGGCACUCCAGUGCUGAAGUCUGUUAUGCUGGUUCCCUUUCACCCCAUCACUCACCUGUUCCUUCCCCUGGCCACUCCCCUAGGGGAAGUGUAACAGAAGAUACCUGGCUUACUGCUUCUGUCCACACUGGAUCAGGCCUUGGCCCUGCACCUUUCCCAUUUCAGUACUGUGUAGAGACUGAUAUCCCUUUGAAAACAAGGAAGACUUCUGAAGAUCAAGCUGCCAUACUACCAGGAAAAUUAGAGGUUUGUUCUGAUGAUCAAGGGAGCUUAUCACCAUCCCGGGAAACUUCAGUAGAUGAUGGCCUUGGAUCUCAGUAUCCUUUAAAGAAAGAUUCAUCUGGUGACCAAUUUCUUUCAGUUCCUUCACCCUUUACCUGGAGCAAACCAAAGCCUGGCCACACCCCUAUAUUUCGCACAUCUUCAUUACCUCCAUUAGACUGGCCUUUACCAACUCACUUUGGACAAUGUGAAUUGAAAAUAGAAGUGCAACCUAAAACUCAUCAUCGAGCCCAUUAUGAAACUGAAGGUAGCCGAGGGGCAGUGAAGGCCUCUACUGGUGGUCAUCCUGUUGUGAAGCUCCUGGGCUAUAGUGAAAAGCCAAUAAAUCUACAGAUGUUUAUUGGAACAGCCGAUGAUCGAUAUUUACGACCUCAUGCAUUUUACCAGGUGCAUCGUAUUACUGGAAAGACAGUUGCUACUGCAAGUCAGGAGAUAAUAAUUGCCAGCACAAAAGUUCUGGAAAUUCCACUUCUACCUGAAAAUAAUAUGUCUGCCAGUAUUGACUGUGCAGGUAUUUUGAAACUCCGAAAUUCAGAUAUAGAACUUCGAAAAGGAGAAACUGAUAUUGGCAGAAAGAAUACUAGAGUACGACUUGUAUUUCGAGUGCACAUCCCACAGCCCAGUGGAAAAGUCCUUUCUCUGCAGAUAGCAUCUAUUCCUGUUGAGUGCUCUCAGCGAUCUGCUCAAGAGCUCCCUCAUAUUGAAAAGUACAGUAUCAACAGUUGCUCUGUCAAUGGAGGCCAUGAAAUGGUUGUGACUGGAUCUAAUUUUCUUCCAGAAUCCAAAAUCAUUUUUCUUGAAAAAGGACAAGAUGGAAGACCUCAUUGGGAGGCUGAAGGAAAAGUAAUCAGGGAAAAAUGUCAAGGGGGUCACAUUGUCCUUGAAGUUCCUCCCUACCAUAACCCAGCAGUUACAGCUGCAGUGCAGGUGCACUUUUAUCUUUGCAAUGGCAAGAGGAAAAAAAGCCAGUCUCAACGUUUUACUUACACACCAGUUUUGAUGAAGCAAGAACAAAGAGAAGAUACUGAUUUGUCUUCAGUUCCAUCCUUACCUGUGCCUCAUUCUGCCCAGACCCAGAGGCCUUCCUCAGAUACAGGGCACCCACAUGACAAUGUGUUGUCAGCAUCGAGAAGCUUGAUUUGUCCAGUCCAGCCAGCAUAUGCAUCUAUGAUAACCUCAUCCCAUAUGCCACAGUUGCAUUGUAGGGACGAGGGUGCUGGUAAAGAACAGCACAUAACACCGUCUUCAGUCAUGCACCAGCCUUUUCAAGUUACAUCAACAUCUCCUAUGGGGUCUUCCUAUCAGUCUAUACAAACUAAUAUGUAUAAUGGACCAACUUGUCUUCCUAUGAAUCCUGCCUCUAGUCAAGAAUUUGAUCCUGUUUUGUUUCAGCAGGAUGCAACUCUUUCUAGUUUAGUAAACCUUGGCUGUCAACCACUGUCACCAGUACCAUUUCAUUCUUCAAAUUCAGAUGCAACAGGACAUCUCUUAGCACAUUCACCUCAUUCUGUGCAAACCCCACCUCAUCUGCAGUCAAUGGGAUACCAUUGUUCAAACACAAGACAAAGAUCUCUUUCUUCUCCAGUGGCAGAUCAGGUCACAGGUCAGCCUUCUCAUUUACAACCUAUUACAUACUGUCCUUCACAUCCAGGAUCUGCUACAGCAGCUUCCCCAGCAGCCUCCCAUCCCCUGGCUGGUUCACCGCUUUCUGGGCCAUCAUCCCCUCAACUGCAGACUAUGCCUUAUCAAUCUCCUAGCUCAGGAACUGCCUCAUCACCAUCUCCAGCUACCAGAAUGCAUUCUGGACAGCACUCAACUCAAGCACAAAAUACAGGCCAAGGAGGUCUUUCUGCACUUUCAUCUUUAGUAUGUCACAGUCUGUGUGAUCCAGCGUCAUUUCCAGCUGGUGGAACAGCUGUGAGCAUUAAACCUGAACCUGAAGAUCAGGAACCUAACUUUGCAACCAUUGGUCUGCAGGAUAUCACUUUAGAUGAUGUGAACGAGAUAAUUGGGAGAGACAUGUCCCAGAUUUCUGUUUCCCAAGGCCCAGAGGUGAGCAGAGACGCUCCUCUCCCACGUUCCAAGUCCCCAGAUUUAGGAAGAUCUGAUGGGCUCUAACUGCAGCUUUGUGCCCACUACCUGCUUCUCUCUUGGACCGUGGGUUUCCAACCAGACUUCAGAACCUGUUCCAGGAGUUGGACUCACUGUGGGAAAAGCAGCAUUCCUCCACCUCAAGCCUUGAGCAGAUUUUGUAAAAGAACAGGAACAGCAUAGGCUGUUUUAAGCUGUGGGAAAAUGAGCUUUGCUUUUUUUUUUUUUUUUUUUUUUAAGUUAAAUAGGAUACUUUUAUAUGAUGGGUGCUUUGAGUGUGAAUGCAGCAGGCUCUCUAUUUCAGAGGUGCUGCUCUUGCAGGUGACCUGGUUGCAUAGCUAGGAUUAGUAAUUUGUACUGCUUUCUGGUCAUUUGAAGAGCCCUUUAGUCUUGAUGAUAUUUUUAAAGUAAGAAAUUUUGAUAAAACCUCCCAGAGGCAGACAAAAAAAAAUAUACUUAGUCCACACUUACACCUCAAAAACUUAGCAUGCAUCCUGAAGCCUUUCAUAGAUUCAUAGGAAAUAAAGCCAAAUGUAGCUUAUACUCUUUAUAAAAAGUACAAUGUUAGGUAAAUCGAGAAGAGACCAUUCCAUCAUUGAAGUGUUGGAAUAUGAAUACAUUCCAGAGCAUAAGUCUUUUUGUAACUUUAGAUAGUCAUCAAGCAGCCUCUCCAUUAGCUCCACAUUCAAGCUGUUUUCUUCCCUCAGGACCUGGGGUAAAAUGAUCAUUUGUAAGGUGAAUUUCAAAGGUAGGGUUUUAGCUUGGGUAGUUAUUUUCUACCUAACUUUUCAAGUGGGAGCAUCUGCCUUGAGUCUGUAGUCUUUGAAGCCAAUCUCCUUGAAGUCAGGCCGGCAGUGUCGUCGGGAGCUAAACAUGAAUGAGCUGUGUACUAGGAGAGGCAGAGAAAAUGCAGGAUCCAGAUGAGAAGGCUUUAAGAUUCACAAUGGCAUAGAAGGCUUAUCUCCUAUUCUGUUUACAGCCUGCAAUGAUUCUGUCCCCUGUGUCCUGACUGAAUGACCUAAAAACCAGGCUUUUCUCAAAAGGCUUUGAAGCACAUCCAAAACUGAAGUGGUGUCAUAGACCUGUCCUUCCACACCAAAGACACCUGGUGCUGCUGCUGGUUAGGCUUCUGUCCAAGGCAGGGGCCAGCAGAAUCUCCAGCCUGCUGUCUACCAAAGGAGGUGCCCUAGUUGGGUACUGUUCCCAAACCCUGCCUUUACCCCUUCCCUUUUAAAUUCCCUAAAUUUGACAGUGUUUUCAAGUGAAAUAAUGUACUUUCAUUUAUUCAGGAAGCAAAUUGAGUGCCCACAGGUGAGACACUGCUGCACUGGCUAACAACUUAAUGCUGUUACUUUAGGGGAUUGUGAUCCUUGAUGAUAGGGCUUUCCUUACCAAGGCUGUAUCAGGCCUAAGCAGGGUCUAGGCUGUUGCCCACCACCCCUAAUGAGCAGGGUAGGAGAUACUGAUUCAGGAUGAGGGAAAUAUGUGUUUGUUUUUAACAUGAUGCUUUAAAUUUCUCCCCUCUAACUAGUUAGGAAACAGUCUGUCAGCAAAUGCUCUGGCCAUUCUUGGAGCUGGAUAUUUUCCAAAUUUCUCUGAAAGUGAGUUUUGUAUCAGUGAGUGUGGAUAGUGAGAUUUGCUUUAGGGCCUGUGGUUGGUAGCCCACAGCUUCAUCUACAGGGCAUUGACCUCUCAGGUGAAUUUGCAGAGACUUGGCCAAAUUUGCUUCCACCCUCUUUCCCCUGGGGUAGCUGCCUCAUGUGGGGUCAUUUGCAUGACCCCUUGGGGGUGCUGCUUUGCUGCCUUCAAGAAUAAAAGCCUCUAUGAUCCAGAGUUGCUAUGCACCAAAUUCUGAUGCCUUUUAAAUACCUUGAUGCCUGUAGCAUUAGAAAUGCUUUCGUAUUUAAAACAGUUAGAUUUUAAAUAGAGCUUUGUAUUCUGUGUAACAGUUUUAUAUUAGCUUUGUAUAAGCUUUCUUGGAAGAGUCAUAUUUUUUGGCUUUGUAGAUAAAGACUUAAAUUUUUGUGCAAAAUAGUGAUGGUAAAGCACACAUCCAUUGGACUAUGCAAAUUGAUUUCUAGUAACAGCACUGAGCAACUGGGCAUUUGCUAGCACACACCCUUUCCUCUCACCUGUACUAGACCUUGGGUUGAGGAAUGGAGGAGCAGCCUUCUGUUUACUAGAGAUGCAAGAAACAUGGCUGAAAACAUUAAAAAGAAAUGUUUGGGUUCAUAUGUGGUGCUGCUGCCCUGGGUACAACCCACCACCACCACCCAGGACCAGCCAGUAUCACCAGACCUCUGCUGGGCCUAGCUGAGGCCCAGUUUUUAAUAUGUAGGACACAUGGUCACCUUGUUCUGUAUCUGAACAAGGCUCAGAUGGGCUCAAGUUGAAACCACGUGUUUUAUAGAACGGAUGUUUAAGUAAAGAAAUUGGUUCUCAGUUAUGUUUACAGCACUUGGAAUUGUGUUUUCUUGUACAUUUUGUAUUUUAAAAUCUUUUAUAGGAGUGCAGUGCUCCUUACACAAACACAAAGGGAAGAUGAGGCGGCAGUUGAGGCUCCUCCUCGGUUACAGUGCUGAAAUAAUAAACAGAUGAACAGUC